GAUUUAACAUGAAUUAUAAGGCAAGUGUUGAUUACAGAUUAGUUUAUUUAGCGAGGCUUCGAAAGCAUGAGUUACUAGCCAUAACGAGUGAAUAAUUUGUUUGUGACGAGAUUAUAAAUGUUGGACGUUUGUUGGUUUCGGGAGACAAGUAAAGUGUUGAAAUGAGGAGAGAAAUCAACGAAAUGGGAUUCCUCAGACUGUUCUGUUUCCUAACUGCUAUUUCAUGUUCUUCAGGGAGAAAUUGCACUAAAAACAAUUGUCUGAACGGUGCAACAUGCAACGAAGAUGCGCAUGGGCUGUCCUGUAGAUGUAGUUCAGGAUACGAAGGCGAUUUUUGUCAAAAUAAGGUAAUAAGUUGUACACCAAACCCUUGUGCUAACGGUGGUAGCUGUAAUACAGGCGAAAACGGAAACCUUUAUUGUGACUGUACCACCUCUUUCUACGGCUACAGAUGCACACUUGAAAUCGUUAAUUGUGCGUCAAAUCCAUGCGAAAAUGGCGGUUCUUGUAGAGAUGAAAAUAACUGGUUCAGAUGUAACUGUAGGCCUGGGUUCAAUGGCGAGUUGUGCCAAUAUGAAACCAUCACUGUCAAUUGUGCGUCAAAUCCCUGCGAGAAUGGUGGCUCUUGUACGGAUGCCUUUGGAUCGUUCAGAUGUAACUGUAAGCCUGGAUACUAUGGCACAACCUGUCAAUAUGCUCAUAUGAACUGCUCAUCCAACUAUUGUAAGAAUGGGGGAACGUGUAACGACUACGAUCAACCACCGUCUUGUCACUGCUUUGACGACUUUUACGGAGACCAUUGCGAGAUAUACUUUGGAAAUUGCACGUCCAGCCCUUGUCAGAAUGGCGGCGCUUGCAUUGAAAACAAUUGGGGAAAAUUUGAGUGCCAUUGUGCAAAUGGCUUUAAUGGCAUGCAGUGCGAAGAAAAAACAGUCGAUGGGUGUGAUGUCGAUACGUGCAAGAAUGGGGGUUUUUGUACAGAAGGGGAAGGCGUUAACUGUGCUUGCAAACGGGGAUUUACUGGAAAUUGGUGUGAGAUAACCCCUGUUGGAGGCAGUACCUUUCCAUCUCCAAUAACUUCGUCGUCCAUGGAAACCGUCAACAAAACAAACUUCACUAAGACAACAAUGGUUGGUGUACCAAAAAUCACGACUGACGCCGCCAGUGCCGGUAAAGAAGGCAGUAUACCUCCAUCCACAAAAGCCUCGUCGGCAAUGACAACUGUGAAUAAAACAGAAGUCAACAUGGUAACGUUGGUUGAUGUUGCAAAAGUUACGAGUUACGCCGCAGGCGCCGGUAAAGGACAGGCGCAGAUUGGACAAUCAUGUUCCUGCAAUGGAUCGACUGUUCUACAAAGACAGAGUUAUGCUGCCAUCAUCUUCGCUUUUCUUAUCCGCUAUAUAUUUACAGUUCUUUAAGUGACAUUAUAGCAAUUGCGGAUUAAUUCACUGAUAUAAACAAAUAUCCUGCUUGGCUACUGCUUGAGAAAUAAAUUAUUUGAAAUGAUA